CAAAUGUCCCGUCCGUUCCCUCGAGAAAAGGCCACUUCUGCCUGUGUGCAUCGCUUGCCAGCUUCCGCCUUUCCAUGACCACGCCGCUCCUGCUGUGAUUCUAGGACGACGUGCCGCCCGGGCCGGCUGCCUUCUCACGCCGGGAGGGUUGGGGAACGAGCGCCGCAGCCGCCGCCGCCACCACGAACUCGCGGAAGACCAUGCCGAGAUCCAGGGGCAACGAGCCGCCGCUGCGGACGUCGCAGCGCGCGCCGCUGCACCUCAAGACGACGGCCUGCUCCGAGGCGAAUGGCGCGCACCACCGCCCCGUCGCCGACCGGAGUAGCCCCAGGGUCUCGCCGCGCAGCCCUCUGCCCGAGAAGAAGCGUGCGGCGGGAACACGUGUUGCGGAGCUGGAGGGCAAGCUGGGGAAGGUGCAGGAGGAGCUCAAGAAGCUGCGGGAGCAGCUCGCGUCCGCCGAGGCCGCCAAGAAGGACGCGCAGGUCGCGCUCGAGGAGGCCAAGAAGCGCGUCGGUACCAAGGGAAGCCCAGCCUCCACCACCACCACCACUCCUCUCUCCCCCCCUUCGCCUGGGGUCGAAAUCGCCAAGAAGACCGAGGAGCUGAAGCUGCCUCAGCCGGCAGCCGAGGAGGAGAGCAGCAUAAACGUCCCGGCGACCGAUGUGUUUGAGGUCGUCCGGGCCGAGUCGGGGGACAAGGAGAACCAGAGCGCGGCUGAGGUCUGCGAGGUCGUUAGCUGCGGCGGCGGUAAGGCGGCGGUGGACGUGGCCGAGAAUGAGGAGACGGAGGAAGAGGAGACUAAGAAAAUGAUCGGGGAGGACAACAGCGCGGCGGUGGAAUCUGACGGCGCCGACAAGGAGAGCCCGGAGGUCGUGGAGCUGAAGGCGAAGCUGGCGGAGAAGGACACGGAGAUCGCUGCCCUCACGGCGGAAAACGCUGAGCUGAAGAAGCAGGCAGAGGAGGCCGCGGAGGCGGCGAAGAAGGCCGAAGAGGGGCCCGCGUCGAGGGCGGCCAAGGCCGAGCACGAACUGAAGGAGGGCGCAGCGCGGGAGGCCCGGGUGGGCGAGCAGCUGCGGGCGUCGGAGGCCGCGCGGGAGGCGCUGGACGGCGAGCUGCGGCGCCUGCGCGUGCAGACCGAGCAGUGGCGCAAGGCGGCAGAGGCGGCGGCCGCUGUGCUCGGCGGGGACAACCACCUCACCGGACUGGCCGGCAACGGCUGGGGCUCCCCCGCCACGAUGCCCGACGACGGCGACGACGAGGGCUUCGGUGGCAAGCGGAAGGGCGCCGGCAUCCGGGUGCUCGGCGACCUGUGGAAGAGGAAGGGGAGCAAGUGAAGGCCUGCCGCCUGCCGCGGAAUGGGACCCGUGUCCCAAAUUUCGCAACGGUGAGCUCGCUCAGCCCGCCCGCUUGCCAGCUUGAACAACUCCAUCCCUUGCACUAGCUUAGCUCCAUCGUUUUACCGCGUUUUGGUUCGGAGUCUACUUAUGUUUGUAUGAUGAUGAUGACGAUGAUGAGACGAUGCUCGUGAGGUUAAACUAUGUCUGUAACGCUUGAUCCCGCUGCUGCCUGCUACCUCCGCGUAAGGAGCAACCAAGAUGGCUUGGUGCUUUUACUGCAUUGCGGCGGUGCUGUUGACGAGGGAGUAGAUGGUGUUUAUUUUCAUGGUGGAAUUGAGGAAUGCUUGAUUGCAGCAUCAA